AUGACUUUGAAUAAAACCAUGGAAGAUGCUACGCUCUAUAAAAAGGUUAAGUGCUUGUAUAGCAGAGAUAACAUUGACAUUCUUUCAAUCAGAAACCAAGUUGUCCUUGAAUUUUCUGCUGAUGUAUUGAUUAGUCAGCUUGUCUCUACGGUAGGUCAGAAUAUUCAAUUUGGCAUUACAAAGAGAUGCAUUGGAGACAGUUUGUCAUUUGAAUUGAGUCUUGAAGAUAGUAAAAGAGUUGGUUGCUUGACUAAAAUAUUUGAACCUACUGAAUUUGAUUUAUGGUUUAUUCUGGUUAUUCUCAGCAAUGGGCAGAUAUAUUUUGAAGAAGAUGAGCUAUUUGAACAGUAUGAGGGUGCAACUGAUAAGAUUACUGACCUUUUUGCAAAGACAAUUAAGAAUAAGGCUAGUGAUGAUAGAUGGGAUAAUGUUGGUAUUCAUGUUUUCAAGCGGAACGUUGAAUUUUUCACUAGAAAAGGUUUACCUGUUGAAGCUGUUCUUCCUGCCUUCCCCUGUAAAUCUUCCAACAGUACUAAGGUUGCCUCUGGACUUCCUGACAAGGGUGAGGAACUUGCAUUGAGAAGAAUUAUGAAGUUUGUUAGCGAUGUCGCACUUAUAUAUCCGCCUGGUUUGAAGUUUUAUAUUGUAAGUGACGGACAUGUCUUUAGUGAUUGUAUUAACGUUGAUGACGACAUUGUUGACGAAUAUACCACGCAUUUGAUUGAACUAUAUGAGAAAAUCAAAGACAAGGAUUUUGAAGGUAUAUACUUCAAAGGGUUAAAUGAUUGUUUCCGUUCAGAAAACAAAGCUGCUGUUGAAGGGUUUUUGCAAACAAUUUCAAUUGAUCAUCAUUUACAAACAAAAUUGGACCCGUUAACUGAAGACAACCGGAAGGUAUUGAUUUAUGCUUGUGAUAACGAUAAUGAAAAGCUUAAACAAGAUAUCAAAGACAAGAACCACCCACGUCUGUUUUUGCAUAGAGGGUUCAUGAAGUUUAUGUGUGAAGACUUGAACGAUAUUCCGAUGGUGAAAACGUGGUCGAAUAAGAAGUUCAAGAAGGUUGUAUCCCAUGUAGCUUUUGAAAUGAUUAAAAGAAAUGAUGCUUAUUCUAAUUUGGUGGAAUUGGUUUUCCCAUUUCACGUUCGCUUAUCUAUCCAUGCCCACCAUAACGAUGGUCCCAAGUUUGGUAUUAAAUUGUUGGAUAAAGAAGAAUGCACAACAAUAGGUCAUAUUCAACUGAAGGAAGAUGGCAUGCUUCAUAUUCCAACGCCAUGGCACAAUGCUAUUUUCAAGCUUAGUGAUUGUGAGAAGUACAUUGUCUCCUUUCUGAGAAUGGCCUCCGAGUUAAUUAAUGAUUACCAAGGAGGUUGGUCUGAGAUUGAACGAUGCUACGUUUUUACUAAGUAA